UCCUCGACGCGGGAGCAUCGCCGUUUCGAAAGAGCCGCGACCUUCUCCCCGUUGCGUCGCGCGCGUCGCGUUCCCGUGGUGUCGGCGGUGGUGUUAGGGGGUGAAGUUCGCGCAAAAGGGGCCCGCUCGCAUCGCUCGAGGACCUGUCAGCCGCGAACCCCUUUUUCGCAACGAGGGAGUGCGCGAAAUUCCGCAUAGCGACGACAUGAAACCGCAGCCUCGUAGAUUCCGUCCUCGCGCUGCUCCUCGGAGUUGACGGAAUCGGUAUAUAUACGCACGAAUCUGUUCCGUUUUCCCUGGUAGUUGGAACGUUCCCGUAGACGUUCUCCGUUUUGUUCGCGUACUCUGGAACGGGUUCCUCGAACGUUCUCCCGUGGUCCACGAUGGUGCGAUAGUAUAGUGAUGGUACAGUGAAACAGUGUCCGCACGGAUGAUCAAGUUGGAGGAUCGUGCAAUCAUUAGUCGCGCGUGCCGUUUGAUUAAAAUUGCUUAGAUCGGAGUAGAGAAUGCAAAGUACGUCGGAGCAGCGUUGGACAUUCUAGAAUUCCGGAAAAUUUUCAUAAUUCUUUUGUUACCGCAAAAAUAACUGUUCAGCAAUAAAUCCAUCACUGCCCACUUGGAAAAUUAGAAAGCAAGUUUAAGGGAAAAGAAGAAGAAAUCGACUAUUAUAAAGAAGAAAAAAAUUAAUUAAAUUAUCGAUCAUCGCAAGCGCAUGCAAAUUUCACCGCAAAUUCCGUCCCGCAACGCUUCGCCUUGCUGAGAACAAAUUCGGCGUGAAACGUCUUCAACUUCGUCUUCAACUUCGUGCUGGAAGGACCGUUUCGAACGCUUAAAGACAGUCUCUCGAGAGGUCUGCAUUCAAUUACCGGUGUCACCGUAAAAAUAUCGGCGAGAAAUCGCACGGAAACGUCUCUCGCUAGGAGAAACAGACAUCGAGAAGAAGUUGCAGUAGAAAAAAGAGCCACAUCCGAGAGUUGUGCGGCGGCCGAUGGGGAGAUGUUAAAGUUAAAAGUCGCUCGUAAAACCCGUCGUCUCACGGGUACCACAACGUUGUACGAGCUUGUUUAUCUCGGCCGCGAUACCGGCAUCAAUGCAGAAUUGAAAGACCAGUAAAAAUCCACGCUGGAUCUCUUUUUUUCUCCGUAGAGCAUCGAACGAAAACGUUUUUCCGCGACGCGAAACUGCGAUCGUGAAAACGAACGGAUCGUAUAGACUGUGAUAGUGCAGGGUCUAUAAAAGGAAGAAAAGGAAAAGGAGAAGACAGAUUUUCUCGAGUUGCUCGUUUGCGCCUAUACUAUCGAAGCGACGCGUUCGAACGUUAACCCUUUGAAGGAGAGAGGGAGAGAGAGAAAUUACCGAGCUCAGAAAAAUGCGGUGGUGCCGCGCGCUUGGGGAAAAUAACCGCGGCGGAAUGAUCGAUGAAACGUCCGACACCUUGUGCAGAUUGCAUUAAUAACGUCGAUCAGCUUAAUGCAUCGCGAGCGAUCUUAUGGAUGUCGAUGUAGCGAGGAGCUCGAAGACGUCGCUUAAUGUCGGACGGGAUGGUCCCCCUAUCGAGCAAUAUGGAUCGUGUAGGAGUAAUCUGCAUCGAAAGAGCGAGUGAUAACGGUGAUAUGAAGAUUUUUUAAGUGUAUGUAAAAGGCCGAUAACGCGGUCCCAAAAUUCAACGUUGAUACGACUGACGUUAGGACACUGUGAUGUGAAAAACAAGCUGUUCGCCAAUCAUUCAAUAACGAUUGUCGAUGGGAUGUGCACGUGAAAUAAUAUAAUAAAAUUUUAAACGCCAGAAUUAAUUAGUUAAUUUAAUUCCGAUUUUCCGGCUUAGCCGAUGUGGUUCUUCGCGCGAAAUACGUGACUCGCGAAAUAUCGUCAUACGCCGUUAUUAACGGCGUAUCUCUUUCCGUAAUUGGAAGAAUGUGGUAUCGUCAUGGAAUUAAUCUGUGUUAGUGCGCGAAUUUUAUUAAGCAGUGGUCGGUUGGUUUAACCAGAUUUUAUCGACGAGAGGAAGAACUAAUUAAAGGGCUCUGUUUAAAGUAUAAUAAAGCGAAAUUACGUGACGUCUAUUCGCGCACGAGUGGCUGUGCAUGUAUCUACGCUGGUACAAAGGUGGUUCUGUCCGAUCCGAUCGGGAAUGCCACAGUCAUCACGAGACGUGGUUUUAUGUGUUAAUGUAACUGUUUUCAUCACCAAUUAGCGUAUCUUAAAUACGACUGACAUGCGUCUGAGAUAGUAUACCAAUAUGUGAAUGAACCACGCCGGGGAAAAGCGAUGUCUACUUCUCUUCCCACAUUUGUCUGUUUUAUAAUUUGUUUUGGUGGUAUAGCGUCAUGCCUAAGAAACUUUCGAACCGAUUUCCUAGAGGAAUGGCCAACGCCAGGCACCGGACCUCACUUCGACACCUCUAUGCAAUCGAACUUCACCGGACUCGUGGGGAAGACGGUGCAUCUCGUGUGCAAGGUGAAGAACUUGGGGAAUCGAACGGUUUCCUGGGUGAGGCAUCGAGAUAUACAUUUGCUAACGGUUGGUCGUUACACCUAUACCAGCGAUCAACGUUUCGAGGCACUACACUCUCCUCAUACGGAGGAUUGGACCCUGAGGAUACGAUAUCCUCAGCGCAAGGACUCCGGGAUUUAUGAGUGCCAAAUAUCAACGACCCCGCCAAUCGGCCAUCCCGUAUAUCUCACGAUAGUCGAGCCGGUAACCAUUAUAGUCGGAGGGCCGGAUCUCUUCGUCAAUAAGGGCAGUACCAUCAACCUGACGUGUGUCGUAAAGUACGCUCCUGAGCCACCCCCGGCGAUGACUUGGAGUCAUAACGCGGAAGUUAUCAAUUUCGAUUCGCCGCGCGGUGGUAUCAGCCUCGUCACGGAAAAAGGACCCGAGACGACGAGUCGUUUGAUGAUCCAGAAAGCCGUGCCAAGCGACUCCGGGAUCUAUCGAUGUGAGCCGAGCAACGCGAAUCCCAGUAGUAUAAAGGUGCACGUUGUCAACGAGGAACAUCCUGCAGCGAUGCAUCACGGGGAUGGAAGCUCGUCGUACAGCAAGACACAGCCGAUUUGUUUUAUAAUUUUAGUGAUAGCUAAUAUAAUGUUUAUAUAAGGCGAGAAGUACAGAAACACACUUACCCCGACACACAUGAUGAAACGAGGAGCGCGAUCGCCGAGAAUCGCGAUUUGCCUAUUUAACGUCGUUAACGUUUCUUGGAUAAAUAUUUGUGCAGGGUAAACAGAACAUUUACCAUUUACAUUAAAAAAGAAGAGAGAAAAAAAACUUCCGUGACCAAAGAGGAUUUUCAAAUAUCAGCACGGCACAAUAAUCGUUAAGAGCGUAGUAUUUUGUUAACAUAUAUCAUCAAGAACGAAUAACUUACGACGUCAAAAUUUAUUGUAUUAUUUGUAAAUAAAUUUAUUGUAUGUACAUAUCACACAAUAAAACGAUUGUCUUUAUCUUGA